AUGUCUUUCCACCGCGGAGGCUCAGGCCAUAAUACCCACCAUUCACAAUACCCCCAGCCAUGGACAUUAGCACCAACCAACCCAACAGUGUCGCCCCCAUCUGCCUCGCCUUUCUCUCCUUCAUACCAUGCCCGUCCAGCACGCAACGUCAGCGAGAUUAUCCCCCGUCUAUACAUCUCUGACCUCGCCUUCGCUGAGAACCCAGCCCUGCUCACCUCUUACCGGAUAACACACAUCCUCUCGACGCUCUCCGACACCAUCUUCCGCCCCCCGCCGACGCUGCUACCCGUGCAGCCUAUCCGGAUGCAAGUGCGCAUCGAGGAUUUACCGUUCGCGGAGCUCGCGGGACACCUGCCCAGCACAACGGCGUUCAUCCGUGACGCGCUCAACUCGAGCCCCAACGCACAUGUACUCGUGCACUGCGCGGAGGGAGUCAGUCGCAGUGUCAGUGUCGUGGCUGCGUACCUAAUGGCUGCGUAUGGUUGGACACCAACAGAAGCAGUGCAUUUUAUUAAAAGCAAGAGGAGGGUUGCGAACCCCAACUUUGGAUUCAUACAGCAACUACAUGAGUACUCGCGAGACUCCCUAGGCAGGAUGAUACCCAACCCUACCCCGCCGUUUUCGACACCGCAUUAA